AUGUCAUUUUUCGAUCCAAUCACAUCCUAUGAUUUCCACAUCUAUUACAACCCAGAGACUCGUUCUACUGCAAUCAAGUUGAAAGAUAAAAUAUUUGAAAAUUUCCAAAAAGAAAUAGAUUCAGAUCAACUCAUAGUCAAAGUUUUGAAAUCAGAUUUGAUCACAGGACCUCAUGAUUUACCAUUUUUUGAAAUUGAUAUAGAAUCACCAUUAAUUUUUGCUAAAUUUUUCUCUUUUACUCAAUUGAACCAUUCGGGCUUAUCAAUUUUGGUUCAUCCAAAUAGUGGUGAUGUUUACAAAGAUCAUACUAUUCAUACAACAUUCAUUGGUGAAAGGGUUGGUCUUAAGGAAGAUAUACUGAGAGGAUUAACUGGAUAUCCAGAUUUUGGGUUUCCCAAAAGGGAGUUGAUUGAACAGGGUUAUUAUAAUGGCGAGAGUAGAGGUAUAAUGAUACGGUUGUUGAAAGCGAAAGAUGGAUUUAAUUGA